AUGGGCUCUCACAACGGAGACCGACGCCAGCUUGAUGGAGUAGGCGGUGCUACAUCAACAACGUCCAAGGCCGCCAUCAUCUCGCCUCCAUCACGCCCUGAUGCUGACGUCGACUAUACAUUUGCCCAAGUGGGCGUUGGCGAGAACAAAGUCGACAUGAGCGGAAGCUGUGGCAAUAUCUGCAGCGGUGUUGGUCCGUUUGCUCUUGAAGAACGACUCGUCAGGCCAACUGGAAGGAACAACGCUGUCGUUCGUGUCCACGACACCAACACCGGCGCCAUCAUCGAGCAGAUCCUCGCCGUCGACCAGUACGGUCGAUACAAGGCCGAUGGUGACCAUCGUAUCAGCGGUUACUCUGGAACUGGCUCGCCGCUGAAAAUGUCAUGGCUCAAACCUGCUGGCACUAUCGGCCCACGCAAGUUCUGCCCUACUGGUAAUGCCACAGAUAUCAUCAAGGUCAAGAUCGCCGACACCCCAGAAGUCAUCUCAGCACGCGUCAGCCUCAUAGAUGCUGCGAAUCCUUUCGUUUUUGUGGAUGCAACAUCCUUGCCUGAACACAUUCUGGAGUUGGGUCACGCCGAUCCUAAGGUACUCGGCAUGAUGGAGGCAAUCCGUUGCCAAGCAGCUGUCCUUAUGGGCAUCGCAACGUCACCUGAAGAAGCCCACAAGCUUCGUCCAAUCCCCAAAAUUGCUCUGCUCUACCGUCCCGGACCACAUCAACAGCAGGCCGACAUUCGCAUCGUCCCUUACAGCCUGGGGAAGCCUCACCCAAGCUGUCAGUUGACGGGCACCAUCGCACUGAGCGCUGCGCUUUCCCACCCAGGAACAGUCGCGUCGAAAUUAGCACAGGAGGCUCGCGGCCUACCUCCCCUCGACGGUAUCGAGCUGGGAGGCGUUCACAAGACCAUUGCACAUCCCAGCGGCUUCAACGAGGCCGAGGUGUACAACAUGCUUGGCCAAGACAAUUCGGUGGAGCUUGAAAAAGUCAGCAUCUUGACUACAGCGCAGCGCCUUUUCAAGGGUGAAGCGUACAUCCCAAGGUUAAAGUUGUAG